AUCACCUGGACCCACACACACACACACACAGACACACACACACACACAACCACACACACACGCACGCACGCAGACACACGUAGACAGAGGACACAACACAGUGUAAGUGACACACACACAGUCCACCACAUUCCAGGAAACAAGAGUUCAACUACGUGUAGAACUUAUCACCCAAAAUAAACUGCCAGCGAGGAGCGGUGAGGAGAGCACCGGGCGGACGGAGAGAGAGAAGGAGAGACGCAGAAGGAGAGAGAGAGAGAGAGAGCAGGGAGGGAGAGACAACGGUGUGUUUGACGGCGGGUGCAGAAAAAUGGCCAUGACGGAUCUGUUGAAAGCGGAGGAUAUCAAGAAGGCUCUGGAUGCCUUUGCAGUGGCGGACUCGUUUGACCACAGGAAGUUCUUUGAGCUGGUGGGGAUGCGGGCCAUGGAGGCGGACAGCGUGAACAAGGUGUUCCAGGCCCUGGACGUGGACGCCAGCGGCUAUAUCGAGGAGGAGGAGCUGAAGUUCGUCCUGAAGGGGUUCUCCGAAGAGGGCAGGGACCUGACCGACGCGGAGACCAAGAAGUUCCUUGACGCUGCCGACAAGGACGGCGACGGGAAGAUCGGCAUGGAUGAGUUCCAGGCCUUGGUGCACGAGUAGCGGGCUCGCCUGCAGCCGACCCUCUCUCCACCCAGCAUCCACCCAUCUCCCUGCUCCACCUCCCGCUCCACCUCGGAGUAUCGCACACGCACACACACACACACACACACACACCUAUCCGCCACCACCACCACCACCACCACCACCAACACCACCAUCAUAGUGUCGGACCAGACCAAGGCCUCUCCCCUGACCGUGUGCUUCCAGGAGAUGACCACCAGGGGGCGAGUCUUGCCCCUGACAUACACACCACUGUCACGUUGAAACGGGAGAGAUGUACACACAUAAGCUCUGAGGGCGGGUCCGGGCGUCAGUGGUGUGUCGCGCUGCUGCCUAUGUAUACUAAAUGCUAGAUCCUGCUUCUAGAUGUGAUUUCGGUUAAGUCUGUCGUACCUGCAAGAUGUUCCCAGUGGUUCGCUGGCUGCUCUCGAAUAGAACUGCUGUCCCCUGCCUCAAAUCUCUCCCACUCCUCCUCCUAUUCCUCCCUCUAUCCCCCUGCUCACUGCCUCCUCUCCUCUGUGUUCUCCAUCUCUGCCUCCGUGCUGUGUGGCUCUCUGAAGAGACACCAUGUAGUGAUUAAAGUGAUGACAAUAAAAAGAGACGAAAUCCGACAGGCA